AUAACGGUGAUGAUUAUCAGCCCCAGCCGCAGCCACCACCUCAGCCCCAGCCUCAGCCACCGCCUCAGCCCCAGCCUCAGCCACCACCUCAGCCCCAGCUCAGCCACUAUCUCAGCCCCAGCCGCAGCCACCACCUCAGCCCCAGCCUCGGGAUGUGAACCAAGUUUUAAGCAACGUUUUCGAGGAGUUGCAAAGAUUGCAGGACAAUCUUCGCCAACAAGGAGCAAACGUGAAUUGCAGCAAAAUAAUCGAGGUAAUAAUAGAGGAAACAAUAAUCGAGGAGGAGGAAAUGGCAGAGGAAAAGGCAGAGGCAGAGGAAGAGGCAAGGGAAGAGGAGGAAUUUUUAUAUAUCACUAUUACAAUAAACAACAAUAAUUAUAUAACUUGUAACUUAUAACUAU